AUGCAGCCACGGGCUUGUCUACCGGAGCGACGCGGCGUCGGCCGGAGCGGGGCGCUGGCGCGGCGGUCGGAGCGGGAUGCGGCGCGGCGGUCGGAGCGGGAUGCGGCGCGGCGCAGGCGGCGGCCGGAGCGGGGUGCGGGCGCGAAGCAGGCGGCGAGCGAGCGGCCUGUCGAGCAGCGGGCGCAGCAGCAGCUGCCGACGGACGAGCGAGCGCGGCGUCUUGACCAGCUACGGUCGCGCACGCGUGCGCGUCGGCCGGAGCAGGGCACGUCGGCGGAGCAGGGCGCCUCGGAGCAGACUGCGGCGGGCAGACACAGGCGGGGGCGGGGGGUGCGCAGGCGGCGGCAGGAGGCAGCUGGCCGGACGCGACCAGGACGAGCGGGGGUGGGCUGGCGCGACGAGCGCGCGAGGGGAGCAACGAUGACUGCCGCCGGCGCGUGGGCGAGCGCGCGCGGGAGCGCAGCGGCAGGCGGCAAGCUGGGACGCGCGGGCGCGGCGGGCCGCAAGCGGCGGCCUGCGAGGGCGGGAUGGCGCGCCGGGCGAGCGGCGAUGACUGCUGCCGGCGCGUGGGCGAGUGCGCGCGGGAGCGCGGUGAUACGUCUCCAACUUUUGGUCGUGCUGCGAAGUUGCCCCAACAGUGCAAACUUCAGCCUUGUAGCCUAUUUCCACAGGAUACUACAUCUGGAUAUUGUGACCUCCUCAGCUGUGAUCACCUAUCUGGUUGGUGCAAUAUUCUUCUUUGCUGCCCUGAUGAACUUUAUCGCUGGCGCAUAUAUCCAGCGAACCACUGCUAUAUUUGUAUUCAGUCCCCUUGCAGUCCUGGGCUAUAUGUUGCUAGCAUUGCAGGCAUACUUGCCUUCACUACAUCCUCUGGAUUGUGAGAUAAACAAAGAACCAAACAACUGUGAGUCAGCUAAAGGUUGGAGCUUAACACUGCUCUACUUGAGCUUAUUAAUGUUUGCCAUCGGAGAAGGCUGCAUGCGUGCUUGCAUACCAUUGCUUGGUGGAGAUCAGUUCAGCAAUGAUGAUCCAAAAGAAACACAUCUCAAGAGUACGUUCUUGAGCUGGAUCAAGUUUGCAAACUCCGUUGGAGCACUCAUGGGAUUGGUAUUCUUAGUCUGGAUCGAGAACAAUUUGGGCUGGGCCCUUGGCUUUAUGAUAUCUGCACUUAUUGUACUUGUAGGGCUGUUUGUGGCAGCCAGUGGACUGCCUUUCUAUAGAACACAGAAGCCUAAUGGAAGUCCUCUAAAGGGAAUAUUGCAGGUUCUUGUCACUUCAUCAAAGAAGAGGCAGGUUGCUACCAUAGAUGUUAUCGAGCUGCAGGAGAUAGGAGCGGCCGAUAGUGUUGAUGGGGAAGGCAAAUCUGACAGCAAGAGCACUGGCACCACUCAGGUCGAGGAGUUAACAAAGGCCAUCACCCGAAUGCUUCCAAUCUUCAUCAGCUGCUUGCUCAUCUACCUGCCCUUCACGCUGCUAAUGACACUAACGAUACAAGUCGGCAGCACCAUGGACAAAGGGAUAGGCGUGAUCCAGAUACCUUCCGCCUCUCUAAUUGCAAUCCCAACAGCAUUUCACAUGCUUAUGCAACCAUGCUACAGGCAGAUAUUGACGCCACUGCUAAAAAGAUUUACAGGCCACACACACGGAAUCACCCCACUGCAGAGUAUCGGUGCUGGCUCGGUGUGCGGGGUAGCAGCAGCAUGCCUUGCGGCGUUAGUGGAAACAAGAAGGCUGACAGUCGCAGAACAGCAUGGGCUAACAUUGACAGGAGCAGGUGUCCCGAUGUCCGUGUUCUGGUUGGUGCUGCAAUUCUUCCUGCUAAGCAUCAUGGAUGCAGCAUCCUUCAGCGGACUGAUUGAGUUCAUAAAGAGCGAGUCAUCUCCGGAAAUGAAGCUGAUAGCACCGGCCAUGCAGUCCAUCGUUGCUGGAAUAGCAGCCUGGUUAGCAUGUGCCUUCAUACAGCUAGCGAACAAUGCUUCACGGCACGGGGAUGGCGGAAGAGGGUGGCUAGAUGGAGCAGACUUCAACAGGACGCGCCUUGAUCGUUUCUUCUUGUUGCUGGCAGGCUUUGAGUUUGUGGCACUCAUCAACUAUGCUUUCUGGGCGAGGAGAUAUGCCAAGAAGCAACGGAGCAGUGGUGUUUGA